UAGCUAGGCUACGUCACAGUCUUGAUUUCAGGCGAGGGCUUGCAGGAGAUUGAAUAGGAAGGUGGCAGAGACGCUGUGAAUAUUUACUUUUUUUAAAUCGAUUUAACCACACAACCAAAGUAUAUUACAAUACAGAAGGGUUUCACGCAUAUUUGUGAGGAUAUAUCACCGGAAGAAGAUGGGUAGCUGCCUUACAGUUGGACCAAAUGAAGCCGUGGUUGUUUCUGGUGCCUGUUGUGGCUCAGAUGAGAAGACCUACAUGGUGGGGGGCUGGGCCUGGGCCUGGUGGCUCAUCACUGACAUUCAAAGGAUUACACUGGAGAUUAUGACACUCCAACCUAAGUGUGAGGAUGUUGAGACUGCUGAAGGGGUCGCCAUCACUGUCACUGGGGUGGCACAGAUCAAAGUGAUGACAGAUCAUGAUCUUUUGGCAAUUGCUUGCGAGCAGUUUUUGGGCAAAUCCGUCCCCGAAAUUAAAGGAGUGGUUUUGCAAACCUUGGAGGGACAUUUACGCUCAAUUCUAGGCACACUGACAGUGGAGCAAAUCUACCAGGACAGGGACAAGUUUGCCCAGCUGGUGAGGGAGGUGGCAGCUCCCGACGUGGGCAGGAUGGGCAUCGAGAUCCUCAGCUUCACUAUCAAGGAUGUCUAUGAUAAACUGGACUACCUGAGCUCCCUGGGGAAAACUCAGACAGCAGCAGUUCAGAGGGAUGCAGACAUCGGUGUGGCAGAGGCAGAAAGGGAUGCUGGGAUAAGAGAAGCGGAGUGCAAGAAGGAGAUGAUGGAUGUCAAGUUCCUGGCCGACACCAAGAUGGCCGACUCCAAACGAGAACUUGAACUGCAGAAGGCUGCUUUCAACCAAGAAGUCAACACCAAGAAAGCGGAAGCUCAGCUGGCCUAUGAGCUGCAGGCAGCUAAAGAACAGCAGAAGAUCAGGCGGGAGGAGAUAGAGAUUGAGGUGGUUCAGAGGAAGAAGCAGAUCACCAUUGAGGAGAAGGAGAUUGUCCGCACAGAGAUGGAGCUCAUCGCCAUGGUGAAGAGGCCUGCCGAGGCAGAGGCAUACAAGAUGCAGCAGCUGGCUGAGGGACAGAAGAUGAAGAAGGUUCUGACGGCCCAGGCGGAGGCAGAGAAGAUCCGGAGGAUAGGCGAGGCAGAGGCCUGCUCCAUAGAGGCUAUAGGGAAGGCUGAGGCUGAGAAGAUGAGGCUGAAGGCUGAGGCCUACCAGCAGUAUGGAGAGGCAGCCAAGACUMCUCUGGUCCUGGAGGCCCUUCCCAAGAUUGCAGCCAAGGUGGCGGCACCGCUGGCCAGGACCAAUGAGAUAGUCAUCCUGAGCGGGGAGGGCAACCGUGUGACUGGGGAAGUGAAUCGCCUCCUGGCUGAACUUCCAGUGUCCGUCAACGCCCUCACUGGAAUUGACCUAUCAAAGAUCCCACUACUGCAGAAGAUGACCUAUGCUCAGGCCUGAAAACAAUCUCUCUCUUCUACUCCGAAAUCUGUUUUAUGCACUCCCAUAGACUGCCUUCAAUACACUUGAAAUGAUUAUAUAUAUAUAUAUAUAUAUAUAUAUAUAUAUUUUUUUUUUUUUUAUGAAGUGGAUUUUUUUUAACCUCUGGUGCCUUAAUUUCUACAGGACCAGAAUAUCUGCAUGUACUGCUGCUCCUUUAUAUACUCUAUGUAUCUUUGAGUUCACUACUUUUUCAAUCAUGGAAGCCUUUUACAAUAAGUAGAUCACAUGGGAUGCAUUGUUAUCAUUUAGCAUGAACUGAGCCUUUUUUUGUUUAACUCAUAUACCUCUCUAGUCUCUACCUUACCAUGUAAUUUCAGUGAACAGUUAGCUGUUAAGAAGAGCAACCUCAGUGAUUUUCUUCCAAAGGUGUACUCACCUUGCCAAUUAUACACUUCAUGAUUACUGAGUCAUUAUCCAUUCUUGCUAUCACGUGAUUAUUGUAUAGGUUAUGGAAGUUACUGUACUCUAAUGUAUAUAACUUUUCAUUUAACUGAUUUAAUUUGUAUCCUUUAUGAUGAGUUAUGGGUUUUCGCAAUCAGGUGAUAAGUUGUAUGAAGUGCUACAUAAAAUAAGGUGCUCACUGCUUACUAUCCUCAAAUUUAUUUAGGCUUCUACUUAGUCAAAGCUCUGAGUAACUGGGAAUUCUUCCCACUCAAUAAGCAAUCAUGUGUUUUCGUUUAGUUGUAUGUUGUAAACAAUACGUGUAGUACAUUAUUCCUAACACACUUUAAUUUAUAGCAACAAUAAUGGCCUUUUUUACUAAUCACAGAAACCUGAUUGCCAGACCUUUAUUUCUUUGGCUACGAUGCAUCUUUCUGAAUUGGCUCAAAGUAAGUUGAAGUACUGAAUUGACUUCAAGUUUGAGGGAGAGAUUAUGAACUUUGUGGGAUGCUAUGAUCCAGGGUAAUUUAUUGAGAGAACUCCGACAUGGAGAAGGUUCAGUAUGUGAAAUAUUGAAGGGUUUUUGAGUCCAAGAAGUAAAAUGGCGUUACUCAUAGCCAAAUACUAGUCAUUGCACCAUAUCAUUUUUUAUUAUACACGAGUUUAAAAAAAAAAGAAAGAAAAAAAAAAAAGUUUGAACUGGGAUAUGUUUAAGAAGUGAUUUUGUUCAUUCUGUUGAUUUCUUAAUUUCAUGUUUCAUUUGAUUAGUGUGACUUGACUAUAACAUUGACAGACACUUAUUUUUUUUGGGGGGGGGGGUAGCAGUUUUAUACAGUAAUAUAAGUCAAUGUUAAGCCAUGUAAGACAGCCCUUCAGGUUCUGUGCACAAUGUAAUCUUUGCUAAAGAUAACUUUGUAUAUCAUACACUUGUGUCAGAGAAAGAUAUCACUGCUGUUCAGACAAUGCUAUUCAAUGUAUUUAGUAAUUUAUCUUGCUUUUAAUUAAAUAUAAUUGUGAAAAUGGGUAUAUGUGCUGUUACACUAUUGUCAUUCCACAUUACCUCCAUGUUUAUGWUCUGUUUGUUGAGCUCAUUCCAAGACGGAUCAUCACAAUCUGAUUAUAUUGGCUUUUUUUGUGGAGGUAGACUAACUUUCUGCUUGUUUAGUAUCACUAUUUARGUUGUAAUCUUAAACAAGGUGGAGAGUAGCUCUUUGUACAAGGAUAGGGAAAUGGCAGAUCUUGUUCAUUUUUAAUAUAUGUGGAUGCCAUCAUCACUGAUUUGGUGACUUGCACUAUUUAACACAAGAUCAUGGGAAAUGGUAAACCAAGAUGGGAAAUGUCCAGCUAUCAUGUAAGUAGACAGAUUCUAAUUUGCUCAGUGCUUUUUUUGUAAAGAAUAUCAGUGCUCAAACAAUGUUCAAUUGMAAAAAUGCUGUCCUUUUCCCCCUCCCAGACAUAUUGUAACAUUCUUUGUAAUAAGUCAAAUGAAAGUUACUACUAUGAAGGACUGUUAAACUGUUAUGUUUAUUUUUUGCUGCCCUCAUUGAUUUGACUCAUUGCAGCCAAUGUAAUUUUUCUAAUACUGUGAAAAUGUGUCAAUUGUGUAGCAGCUGUCAUUUUGAUUUUUGAGUUACACUGUGGCUUCACGUCCAAAUGCAUUGUUCUCGCUAAGCAUACAAUUUGUAGACAAACCACUAAAGAUAUUGUAUGUUUGAUCCAGAGGUCAUUUGGAAAUAUGCUUUUGUCAUUUUUGUGUGAAAAUCAUCACUUUACUGUUGUGUCAAAUGUAGAGAUAGUGUAGAGAUAUUCACAGUGCAUGUACUUAUGCCACCAGUUUUGUGGUAAUGUAAAUGUUUUUUCUCAACAGGACACAAGUGAUCCUACAUAUUUGUGAAUGUUAUUCAUCUGUAACAUUAUAUAAAAUUACUAUAUUUGUCUUCAUCUGUCAUUCUAAUAAAAUUACAACAAAUA